CGUGUUGGUGACGUUAAGUUUCAUGUUUGUAUAGAUUGCCAUUCAAUGACCUGUAUCACGUGUUGGUGACGUUAAGUUUGCUGUAUAUAUAGAUUGUCAUUCAAUGUUCUGUGUCACGUGUUCUUGACACUAUCUUGUACACGUAAGAUUCCUCUAGGUUCACCCCCACAUCACAGAGCAAAGCUAGCCACGCCCACUGGAUUCUCUGUCAAACUGUCCUCCAUUCCGGGUGCAGGGAUGGGCGCAUUUGCCGAAAUGUUCGUACCAAAAUACACGAUGCUUGGCAUGUACGAAGGACAGACCCACACAUGGGACACCGGAUGAUCUUUAUUCUUGGCAGGCAAGAUUUUGAUUUCAAAUAAGAGUCUAGAGUUUGAUGUGAUUUAAGAUGUUCUUAUAUCAAAUACCAUUCGCGAUAAAUAUUACAAACCCUGAACCAUAUUACUACUGCAUCUAAACUGUUCUGUUCUCGAUAAGAAACGUUCCAUCCCAACAUUAAACCGUUCCUUUCAAACCGCCCAUCGCUCCGUUCCCAGAUCAAACCGCCCAUCGCUCCGUUCCCAGAUCAAAGCCUUUUGCUUUCGUCUGAACCAUUUGCUACCUCAAACCAUUUGUUCCCGCAUGGUCUUUCAUAGCUCACAUCUGUCAGUCACUGUAGGGUAGCACGACACCACUAGUCUACGGGAGAUUCGAGCCCACCCUAUAGGUCCCCGUCUCACUAGUCUACGGGAGAAUUGAGCCCACCCUAUAGGUCCCCGUCGCAUUUGUCUCCGGGAGAAUUGAGCCCACCCUAUAGGUCACCGUCUUACUAAUCUCCGGGAGAAUUGAGCCCACCCUAUAGGUCCCCGUCUCACUAGUCUCCGGGAGAAUUGAGCUCACCCUAUAGGUCCCCGUCUCACUAGUCUACGGGAGAUUGAGCCCACCCUAUAGGUCCCCGUCUCACUAGUUUCCGGGAGAAUUGAGCCCACUAUAUAGGUCCCUGUCUCAUAUGACAUUGAUUACCUUGAUAUCCAUCUCUAAAUUUUGGCAUGUGUCGUUAAAAAUUUAAAAAUUCUUAAUUAUUAUUUAUUGUUGAGUUACAUUGAUAAGAUUAAGAAACUCAUUUCAAAAUUAAGGAUUAUCUCCCUCAUGUAUAUCUCUUAUCUUUAGACGAAUCUGACUACUCUACUUUUUGACACUUUGUUUCUCCCUAAAAUAGCUCUUACAAGUUUAUUGUUGUUUCGGAUUUCAAACAUUUUGGUUGAGCAUCACUAAAGAGACAUUAUUUGUCGAAAUCGGCAUCUGGUGCAUCGAACUUGGUAUCGUAUAAGUUUUACAUGUGCACUUCUAAAUAUGGUAUGCAUAAGAAAAAAGGAUCCAAACAGUUCAACGAGCUUUAUAUACUGCGAUGUGCAUUUUUAUAGGUGUGAACCACUGAUUUGAAGUUUACAGGAAAUACAGAAUGGAAAUUAAUUCUUUUAAAGGAAAAAAUGUCUGCAUAAAGUAAUCAGAAAAGUCAUACAGAAUUGACUUAACUGUGACAAUGUUACUGAUAUGACCCAAUGCAAUUAUUAUUCCUAAAUAAAGCUGUUUACUUGCUUUUAUUCUAGAUGACAUUUCCACCUCUGGUAUAUUUAGGAGCCCGUGUUAGCCGAAAUCUCUAUUUUGUAUUGCUUAUUGGAGUUAUGAGAUAGAUUACUGUUCGUUAUAUUCGAUUUUUAUACAUGUAAAUUUUAAGAUAUAAAAUCUAAAGCACGUGUAACUGUAUGUAUCAAAUUAUGUCCUUCAGUUUUGAAAUGUUAAUUUUUCUAAAUGUAAAACUUAUACGGUACCAAUUUUGAUGCACCAGAUGUGCAUUUCGACAAAUAAUGUCUCUUCAGUGAUGCUCAACCGAAAUGUUUGAAAUCCGAAAUAACUAUGAAGUUUUAGAGCUAAAUAUAGCCAUAAACAGCAUACCCAAAAAAUGGAGCCAAAUUCGUCCAAUAGAUUAAACCGAUGUGUGGUAUCUGAAAUCCAGGUUAAUCCUUUUGUUCCCAUUUUGACCUAAUGUGCAACGUUCUAAAUAAGAAUCACUCGUUCCCUACUUUAAAAUAUUCUGCUCUCGUUAAGAGUCAUUUCGUCCUCACCGAGAACCGUUCUGUUGAAACCGUUGAAUGUUCGUCCCAACAAAUAAACUUUCGAUCCCCAAACUAAACAUUUCGUCCAGGAACCGAUCAGCGUUUCAGUGUUGUAAUAGUACCCCUCAGUGUCUGUAUCACAGCAUACACAUCUGUGAUUCUGUGAAAUUCAGCUGCCAUAAAUCAUGUUACGAUUCUAAUAUCUCUAUAUAAUAAUAAAGUCUGGAAAUAGGAUUGUUCUGUAGUUAUGAUUAUCUUACUGGGUCUUGCAGAGACAGUUCGUAUUUUCAGGUAGACAUGCAAGAGACCAAUGGAACCUAUAUCAUAGACGCCUCUGCUCGAAUUGGCUCAGAUUCUUGAAUGCUCCAUCCUCAUACGAACAGGAAAUCGUGGUCCCCGUGUCAUGUGCUGGGACCAUCUUCUAAAUGGCUUCACGUGACAUCGAGCCUGGAACGGAACUUUUGGUGUGUUGCGGGAACAGUUAUGGAAGCUAUUUGGGGUUAAACCGUAUUCACCCAGAGAAUGACCCGAAUGGCUCAUUCGCAUUUCGAGCAUAUGUAUUAACGUUUGACGACAAUGACCGACUCAUAUUUGAUAACUGGGCACCUGUUACAUAUCAAAACUGGUUCCUAAACACGGAGGACGAGGCCGACACACCGGUUGACCACAUUUUCGGUGUCCUGCUGACAUUUCAUCACGACGAGCAAUGGCGUUGGGUAGCGAAGAGGAACUACUCUUAUUACACUGGAGAAGAAGGACUGAAACUUCCGUUCAUUUGUGAGCAUUCCGCGUUCCACGUUGAACCAGGAUGAUGUUUGUAAAUUCAAUGCUAUCAGAUGUGUGAUUGAUGUCUCUAUGCUAUUGAAUAAACCUUACAAA